GCGAAGGCGAACGGAUUCGGAUUCGGGCGCGCGUCGUUCCCGCAGCGCGAUGGUCCGCUUUCCUGAAAAAUCGCUUUAAAUAUAUUUACAACAAAAAUCAGAAAUAAUAUCAAACCCUAGAGAGUCGUGACUGUGAGCUCAGUAUAUCAGUUUUACGACCGCAAUCUGCCAUCGGCCGGACGCCCACACAGCCGGGCGUGGGGAAUCUACAUAUCACAGAUGCGGAUACAGAUACUCGUAUUUAGAUGAGCACUCUUCCGCCGCCAGAGCUCGGCUCUUGGAUUAUUCGAGUUCCGAACACCAGCCGAGCCGGAGGCAGUGCCCCACGGAUAAGCCGCGGAUAGUCCCAAGAAUCCCGAUCCCCCGUAUCUCAGUCUUUUGUUUAGUGCUCCCCGUACCGUGGUCGUGUUCGAAAGCAAAGUGUGUGCAAAGCCCGAGCGCAAAAAUCGAAUCAAAACAAAAAUAAACCGAAUUAUGAAAUUCCCACGUCGGUGUAAAGUGAGAUGAUUUGAGGUCUGAGUUACAAAUCCUUUCCCGACGCCGUCGCCCCAACAUCAUGCUCGACAAAUUCAGCACAAACGCAUUACUAUCGUUUGGACUGGGAUUCAUACUGAUGUGGCUGAGCGAAGCCACGGAGGCCCACAUGAACUACACAGCCAAGCCGCGAGUAGUUCUUCCGCCUAAUUAUGUCAAGGAGAUACGACCGCCCUCGAAGAAGGGCUCCCCAGUGAUAGUAGACUUUAGCAUAUUCGUUGUAGAUAUUAACUCAAUUAACGUAGAGGAUAUGGACUUUAGAGUAGACAUGUUUAUACACCAGCGCUGGCUGGAGUCCCGUCUGGAGAUACCCGACGACAUCUUCGAGGAGGGCGACGACUACGUGACACUGCUUCCAGAGGUCUUUGAGAAUUUUUGGCAGCCGGAUCCGUACUUUCUCAAUUCCAAGAUUGCCGAAAUAGCGACACUGACCCACAAGUUCACGUCGGUGACGCUCUACAAGAACAAGACGGUGCGCUAUGCGGCCCGCAUGCACGCAAUCAUCGCCUGCCAGAUGGAGUUCCAGUUGUACCCCAUGGACAUCCAGGUGUGUCCCAUCUAUAUCGAGAGCUUCUCCUCGAACAAUCAAAAGGUGAAGCUGCGCUGGUCGGACUCCGGUGUUACCCUCAAUCCGGAGCUUAAGCUGCUGCAGUACAAUCUAGGCCAGCCGCUGGAGCUAGAGGAGAGCGACGGUUACAUGCCAGAGAAGGUUGGAAACUUCUCCCGCCUCACAGUGUACUUCCGCUUCGAACGUCAGAUAGGCCACCAUCUGAUCCAAACAUUUGCCCCCUCAUCUCUGGUGGUCAUGCUGUCCUGGUUUAGCUUUUGGCUGGGACUGGACGCAAUUCCAGGAAGGGUCACGCUCUUGGUGACUUGUAUGCUAACCCUGGUCACCAUGUUCACGGGUGCUGACAUUCCACCAGUGGCCUAUGUCAAGGCCCUGGACCUGUGGAUGGCCGGCUGCAUGCUAUCUGUGUUCGCCGCUCUGGCCGAGUUCGUUGUAGUGAAAGUGCUGGAUGUUCAGUAUCAGUACCAGGUGAACCGCAUACCCAAGGUACUGCCAAUGCGCAUCAGCAAUAUGGAGAAGGGUCAGUGCGCGACGGUGGCCAGCUGGGAGGGAGGUGCAGUGCGCUCGCGGAAAGCCACCCAAACGCCCACGACGCCUGGACAGACCUCGCUGCAGGGAAACGGAGGACCUCCCAAGCCGGCCCGGAGGCAGAGUCUCCUGUCGGUAGCCUGGACGGACACGGAUACGGGCGUCGAGAAGAUAAUGUGGCGGGAGAUCGACAAGGUGUCCCGUGCCGUAUUCCCCAUCUUAUUCUUUGUGUUCGUACUUCUGUACUGGCCGAUAUUGCUGAUGAAGUCGUCCUAGGAUUUAGGGAGUUCCAGAAUUCACAUUUCUGGACUCCGUUAAAAACACGAAUGGACGCAAUUCAAAUGAUGAUGGAACAAAAUACCUUGACUGGACUUAGAGCCCCAAGUGCAAUAUACCAGAGACCCCGCCCUAGUCUCUGGACCUUAACAAAUAGCUGCGAGAGAGCAUCACGCUCCCCUGUCAUCGAAGUACAACAACCAACCAACCAACCAAGAAGGAAAUUCUACAGUUACCUACAUAAGUGUGUGCUUAGGUAUAAUAUACUACAUCUAGACCGGGUACAUCAAAUGUACGGAAUAUAUAGCUUAGUUGUCAACUAUUUGCUCACGAGGAAUGUGUAUCGUUCAAUUGAGAGUAUUUGCUUUGUUCACAAUACCGGGAUGCAGCUCCUCCCUCCCAAUGUUUUAAAUCUAUGCCACCAACAAAGGUUUUUAUUAUAUCCCUCAGACACCACGCAAGCUUCAGCUGCUCUAGACACCGGAAUUCUCCUAGUUCUAAUUAAGUUCGCCUUGCUAAGGCCGCGGAUAUGUGCUAGUGACAAUACCCCCAAAAUCGAAAGGGUUGUCCCUACUUUCAAAGUAUACACACUCUAAAAACUACGAGCUACAUACACGCAAGGAUCGUUUAAUUAAAACUCUUUUUGUAUUAGGCUUAAGCAAAUCAGCCAAGAGAUAUGGAAUUGGUGCUUUACGGAGAUAAUAAAAGUGGCCUCUAAGGAUAUAUUUGGAUUGUACAUAAAUUAAACGAAACAGUGAAUGCUUUUAGAGAUUUUUACAUAAAUAUUUAGAAUUAUUUAUCCAUUAUAGCGCAUUUUAAUGCAAACAUUAGAGCUGUGGCUUUUACAUCUAACAAAACAAACUAAAAUCGACUACCUGUAGUCCAAACGCACGGCAGGCAGGAGUUUAGAAACAAUAAACAAUAUAUACAUACAUAUAUCUGUUAAGCUAAAUCGAGUUUAUAUUUGAUAUGAAACUACAGACACUAUGUAAAUACAUUACUUCACAACUAUAUA